AUGGCUCCAGAUGAUCGAUUGCUGCCGUAUCUGGAGGUAGCCGGAUUUGGGUCAGUAGCAUUGAUUCGGUCGUCCGACUUGCGCUUUGAUUUAUUAUCUGUGCUAGUGGAACAGUGGCGUCCGGAGACUCAUACUUUCCAUUUUCCGUGCGGGGAGUGCACGGUGACCUUGGAGGAUGUUGCAGUGCAGCUGGGGCUCCCAAUUGACGGGAGUCCCGUAACGGGAGUAUCGUCAUUCACCGAUCCGGCUGCAGUUUGCUAUCAACUCCUAGGAGAGUCGCCAGAGGACGGCGACAAAUAUUUUUCCGGCAUCAAAUUUACAUGGCUAAAAGCCAAAAUUAGACAAUUAUCAGCGACCGCCACUGAAGGGGCAGUACUCAUGCCUGAUGCAAACGGCGACUGUGUGCAUUUGUCGUACCUGCCCCUGCUAGCUGAUUUCUCCACUGCUAGGUCGUAUAGCUGGGGUUCCGCCGUUCUAGCAACGCUCUACCGGGAGCUUUGUCGGGCGACAGAGCCGCAGGUUAAAGUCAUCGGCGGAUGCCUUAUACUGCUGCAGUCGUGGGCGCUUUAUUGGAUGUCGUUUUUGGCACGAGUUAGUCACCAACCCUAUCUGUAUCCACUGCCACUCAGGUGGACGACCCGUCCUGACAUCGGGAAGUCGUCUGAUGUCCCGAUAUACCACUUGAGGAUUGAACAGCAUGCCCGGGAAGGGUUUACAUGGAUGCCCUACCGGAGGUUGGAAAUUACAAAUGUCUUACCCUCGUCCGCAGUCGUUGAUUCCCACAUAUGGUCAAGUUGGGGAUCGACGCAGCAGCGUAGCUUUGGAUCGAUCCGUGCAUAUUAUUCUCCGCAGCAGCAGAGCGAAAGCGGGACCCUGACCGAGAUCCGGACAAGCACAGUCAAAUGUGGAUUCACAUGGCUAUCGUCCGGAUUUGGUGGUCUGUGA